AUGAAGUCUUCCAUGAUUGUGUCAGCCCUCUUGGGGCUGCUAGUACCCGGCUCCGCGACGAUGGCAGAAACUGCCAAACAGCAGCAGAUCGAAAUCCCGGAGGGAGGGUACACCUUCAAGAUCAGCCACUUCGACGAUGGGCGCGCCACUCCGUACCGGGUGUACUUCUGGGACACGUUCCUCACUGGCUCGAGCUACAGGUUCACCCUGGACGGCGACGUUCGGUACUUCAAGGCGGGGAGAGAGCAGUACAAAGACCGUGAAGACAAGGAGGACGGCUCUAUCAAGUUCACGUCCACGCCUUCGGAACCAAGGAAGGACCUCAACAAACUCGAGCCAAAGCCGACCGACUUCCCCACCUACAGCUGCAGCGACUGCACCACCACUUUGCAGGCCGUCUGUCACUCAGGCCUGCCAAAGUUCUGCAGCACGAUCGACCGUUCCUGCCUCGGCAGCGACGGGACCCUCUCGGAAUCCAGUGAUGACUCCAGCGACGACUCCAGCGAUGAUUCCGGCGAUGAUUCGAGCGAUGAGUCGAACGACGAUUCGAGUGAUGGAUCCGGCGAGGGUACUGCCACUUGCGCCAGCCACGGUGUUGUCGGCAUCGAGUCCUCGAACAAGAAAGUGUGUUGCGAUUUGCGAUGCGGAACCUGCGGGGGGGUCGGGUGCUCCAAGUUCGGCGAGGCGUAUGGUCUCGGUGAAUCCUCCUGCUGUGCAAGCACGAUCACUGAUGACGGCGAGUCAUGCGCUGUCACCGGGAUGGCCCCUUGCUUCAUCGACAGCGACGACGACUCGAGCGACGACUCGAGCGACGACUCGAGCGACGACUCGAGCGACGACUCGAGCGACGACUCGAGCGACGACUCGAGCGACGAAUCCGGCGAGGGUACUGCCACUUGCGCCAGCCACGGUGUUGUCGGCAUCGAGUCCUCGAACAAGAAAGUGUGUUGCGAUCUGCGAUGCGGAACCUGCGGGGGGGUCGGGUGCUCCAAGUUCGGCGAGGCGUAUGGUCUCGGUGAAUCCUCCUGCUGUGCAAGCACGAUCACUGAUGACGGCGAGUCAUGCGCUGUCACCGGGAUGGCCCCUUGCUUCAUCGACAGCGACAACGAAUCGAGCGACGAAUCGAGCGAUGAGUCCAAGGACGAAUCCAACGACGAAUCCGGCGACGGUUCGGCCACGUGCGCCAGCCACGGUGUCGUCGGCAUUGAGUCCUCGAACCAAAAGGCGUGUUGCGAUGUGCGAUGCGGAGCCUGCGGGGGGGUCGGGUGCUCCAAGUUCGGCGAGGCGUAUGGCCUCGGUGCUUACGAAUGUUGUUCCAACGACAUCGUUAGAGAGGGCGAGUCCUGCGCUGCCACCGGGAUGGCCCCUUGCUACAUCGACAGCGACGACGAAUCGGACUACGAAUCGAAGGACGAGUCGAAGGACGAAUCCAAGGACGAAUCCACCGGCGAAUCCACCGACGAAUCCGGCGAGGGUACGGCCAUGUGCGCCAGCUACGGUGUAGUCGGCAUUGAGUCCUCGAACCAAAAGGCGUGUUGCGAUGUGCGAUGCGGAGCCUGCGGGGGGGUCGGGUGCUCCAAGUUCGGCGAGGCGUAUGGCCUCGAUGCUUCCUACUGCUGUUCCAACGAAAUCGUUGAUGACGGCGAGUCAUGCUCUGCCACUGGGAUGGCCCCCUGCUUCAUGGAAAGCGACGACGACUCGAUCGAGGAUAUCGUGGCGCCCGCUUCCGACGAUGGCGGCGCCCCGUCUUGCAGCAUGGACAGCCUCAACGACGCGGACCAGCAGCAGCUAGCCCUGUACGACAACGACAUGUACCUCGAAGAUGACUGCGUCAACGAUUCCACCCCGCUUCCCCUCGGCUGCAACUACAUGGGUCUGGGCCAGGAGUGCCGCGGGUGCUUCCUGACCUGCGCUGGUGCGCUCACGUACAUCGACGACAAGGCCGAACACAUCCUAGAGUAUGGCGAGGACGCUGUCAUCAAUUUCUGCCCACAGUCUGAGGUGAGCGACCUGGCGGAAUGCCACAACUGA